AUGUUUUCCUCCGCGGCGCUACUGCUGCUCGUCGCGUUGAUUUCUUGCGGCAGCUGUGAUGUGGCGGCGGUUGCUGCGGUGAGUGAGCCACAACCGACACAACAACCGCCAUCGACAGUUGUGCUGUUUCAAAGAACAGAAGGUCAGAGGUCGAACGGAGUUCCAGCUUUGACCGGCCUGACUGAAGGGAAAAAAGUGUACGGUUUCGCCGGUCACUCCCUUGUGCAUGCGGGUGGAGUGACGGUGGCCCUCGCCAAGGCCCGCUACGGCCCUGGCCUCAUUUCCGACGUUGGGAUUUGGGCGACGUGCAUCAGCUGCAGCGGCGGGGGUGGGGGGAGUAGCGGCUGCACUCCGCUGGCUACUGUUGCUGAUGCUGCUCCUGGAAGUGGGUGCCGGUGGACUAAGGCGGUGCCUAGCGGCAGCGAUGAGCAAAGCGGCUCUCCUGUUUUCCGCUACGGCCCCAGGGCGGUUGUGAAGGACAAUAAAAUACUGCUUCUGCUGAUGAGCUACACGGAACCCACUGGGAAACAGAAGCCAAACUCACAGGGAAGUUGGGAGGCUGCG